AUGCUACAACAGACUAUCAGAGGAAGCAGGACACUCCAGAACUUGACUUUGCAAACAGCCAGACCUGGCGUUGCUUUGAGAUGUAUUUCAAAACAAGCAAAGUCUAAGACCCCGGAAAGUGCGUCACAGAAGGAGUUGAAUGCCAAUCAGAAAAGAUUGGAAGAGCUGGAGAAGAAAGGUGAUUCCAAAAAUUCCAAGUACCAGAUGCCCAGCCGUGAAGAACUGAAGAAAAAGGGUGAGGACGCCCAGGUCGAACAGCAGAGGCCUGACGACGGCGUGUACUAG